AUGGCUGAAAGUGAGGAAACUCUAAAUGAUACCGUCCAACUGAAAAAAGCAAAGUUAAAGAAGAAAAAACGAAAAUUAGAAAGUAAUGGAUCUGGUAUUAAAAAGGCCAAAAAAAUCAAACUUCAACACGAUGAGGAUAAUGAUUGGUUUUCUCAAGAUGAUGAUGUUGACAGAACGAAUGAAGAAGAGCAUAACCAUUCAACUAUUUCUACAAAUGGAGAACAUUCAGUAACAACAACAACAAACCAAGAAACACAGGCGGAUAAAAAAUCUCCGAAUGUAGCCAUAUUCGGUGACCAUUUAUCACGGAUAACAUUUGACACAUUAAAAGAGAAAGGUGUAUCCGAUUUAACAUUAAAAGCGAUUCGAGAUAUGAAUUUUGAACAAAUGACAGAGAUUCAAGAAAAGACAAUACCGCAUUUAUUAGAAGGAAGAGAUCUAUUAGCAUCAGCCAAAACGGGUAGUGGCAAAACAUUGGCAUUCUUAAUUCCAGUCGUCGAGUUAAUGUAUAAAUUAAGAUUUAUGCCACGAAAUGGCACAGGAGCUGUCAUUAUAUCUCCUACUCGUGAAUUAGCCAUGCAAACGUAUAGUGUUCUGAAAGAACUUUUGGCUCAUCACCAUUUUACUUAUGGGCUAAUUAUGGGUGGCACGGGUAGACAAGAUGAAGUUAAAAAAUUAGUUAAAGGUGUUAAUAUUGUUGUGGCUACUCCAGGAAGAUUACUUGAUCAUUUACAAAAUACUAAAGAAUUUAUGUAUAAAAAUUUACAAUGUCUUGUUAUUGAUGAAGCUGAUCGUAUUCUAGAUAUUGGAUUUGAAGAAGAAAUGAAGCAAAUUAUUAAAAUAUUACCAAAGAAACAUUGUCAUAAAGGAUAUGCACUUACACUUAUAAAACGUCGUCAAACAAUGUUAUUUUCCGCCACUCAGACUCCUCGCACAGAAGAUUUAGCUAAGAUGUCAUUAAAAAAAGAACCAUUAUAUGUAGGUGUUGAUGAUCAGAAAGACCAAGCAACAGUAGAAGGACUGGAACAAGGUUACGUUGUGGUUGCAGAAGACAAGCGUUUUCUAUUAUUAUUUACAUUUUUAAAGAAGAACCAAAAAAAGAAAAUGAUGGUAUUUUUUAGUUCAUGUAUGGCAGUGAAAUAUUACAAUGAGUUAUUAAAUUAUAUUGAUAUUCCUGUAUUAAGUAUACAUGGUAAACAAAAGCAAGCGAGACGUACCCACACAUUUUUUGAAUUUUGUAACGCAGAAUCAGGUAUAUUAUUAUGUACCGAUGUAGCCGCUCGUGGUUUGGACAUACCAUCUGUGGAUUGGAUUAUUCAAUUCGAUCCACCAGAUGAUCCAAAAGAAUAUAUUCAUCGGGUCGGUCGUACUGCUCGUGCUGGAGCACGUGGGCAUGCUCUAUUAAUAUUAACACCAUUAGAAUUAGGAUUUUUAAGGUAUUUAAAACAAGCACGUGUUACAGUGAAUGAAUUUGAAUUUUCAUGGAGUAAAAUUGCCGAUAUUCAGCCACAACUUGAGAAAUUAAUUGAAAAAAAUUAUUUCCUUCAUCUAAGUGCAAAAGAAGCAUACAAAGCCUAUGUUCGGGCCUAUGCAAGUCAUAGUAUGAAAAAUGUUUACAAUGUUGAACAAUUGGAUUUAGUUAAAGUUGCAGUGAGCUUUGGUUUUCGUGUACCACCAGUUGUCGAUCUGGGUGUAUAUCAUAGUAAAAAAACAAAGAAACAAGCAAUGGGUUUUCAACGACCAAAACAAGAAAAAAAAGCAAAAAUAUUUAAAAAUUUAAGCAGUAAUACAACAAAAAAAUAUACACGUUAA